AUGUCCGGAGAAAAGCCGAUCUUGCUCUACACUCUCGGUACGCCGAACGGGCACCCCAUCUCCGUGUUCCUCGAAGAGCUCAAGGCGGCAUACGGCGCCCUCGACUACGACGUCUACAAGAUCAACUUCAGCGCGAACGAGCAAAAGGAGGACUGGUUCAUCAAGCUGAACCCGAACGGGCGCAUCCCGACUAUCGUCGACCGCUCCCGGAACAACUUCACGGUCUUCGAGACGUCCGCCAUCCUCCUCUACCUCGCGCAGCACUACGACAAGGACAACAAGUUCUCGUUCGACCCCGUCAAGGACGCGGACGACUACAGCGUGGAGCUCCAAUGGCUCUUCUUCACCCACGGCGGCAUUGGCCCGAUGCAAGGCCAAUCGCACCACUUCAGGCACUACGCCCCCGAAGACAUUCCCUACGCCAAGAAGCGCUACCUUGACGAGACCAAGCGCCUCUACGGCGUGCUCGAGAUCCGCCUCAAGGACCGCGACUGGCUCGCGGGCCCGGGUCGCGGCAAGUACUCGCUCGCGGACAUCAAGGCCAUCCCUUGGGUCCGCCACCACGCAUACGCCGGCGUCGACACGCUCGACGACGAAUUCCCGAACGUCAAGGCUUGGAUCGAACGUGCCGUCGCUCGCCCCGCCUGGGAGAUCGGCCUUAAGGUACCUGCUUGCAAGCCUGUCAACAGAAGAGGGUCUGUCAACAUGUCUAAUGCGUAUGGGACCAAAGGCGUCGAGGUUCGCAAAACAUGGGACAAAGAGGAGUACGCCCAACGGGCGAAGCAGAAGGACGAGGAGGAGAAGGAGCGCAUGAAGGAGAAUGAGGAUAGGAUGAAGCAAGGCUCGCAUACACCCCCCUUUCAUUGCCUUUGA